AUGAGUGAAGGCGUGGAAAAGCAGGAAGCGGUUUUCCGCUCUGCUGAUAUGUCUCUUGUUGAGAUGUACAUUCCUCAGGAAAUUGCAAGAGAAGCAGUAUACUCUUUGGGGCACACUGGACUGGUGCAAUUCAGAGAUUUGAACCGUAAGAUCAAGAGUUUCCAGCGUACAUUUGUUGGAGACAUCAGAAGAUUGGACAAUGUGGAGAGACAGUACCGUUAUCUAGUGUCGCUUUUGCAAAAGUUUGAUAUUCCCCUAUACCAGGAAAAUGGCCUGGAUGAGAAUGAGGAGUCUGUCGGAUUAGGGUCUGGGUCAGCAUCGUUGCGUGUUGCCCCAAGCACCUCUGUUAUCUCUGAUCAUGUCGACAAUGCAGCGAUUUUGGAAACCCGGAUGCAGCAAUUGGUCGAGUCAAGUGACGGUUUGGAAGUCAAGAAGUCAGACUUGGAACAGUUCAGGGCUGUGUUACUGGCCGCAGACCAUUUCUUUUCUGUUGAAUCUGACCUCUCGUCGCUGCACAAUGUUACUUCCCAAGAAGAAGGUCUGGAAAGUGGUACAUCACACGCUUCGCCUCUAAAGGCUUGUUUUGUUGCAGGUGUGAUUCCUAGGACAAAAGUCGGUACUUUGGAGCAGAUUCUAUGGAGAGCAGUGAGAGGUAACUUGUAUUUCAAGCACAUGGAAUUGGCAGAACCCUUCUAUGACCCCAAGACAAAGGAAUCCGUGCACAAGAACGCCUUUAUUGUAUUCUCUCAUGGUGACAUGAUCAUCCAAAGAAUUCAAAAGAUUGCGGAAUCGUUGGACGCCAGUAUCUACGAAGUCAACGAAUCUUCUGAGCUCAGAUCUAACCAAUUGAAGGAUGUCAACUCCCGUUUGCAAGAUUUGUACACAGUGUUGAACUCCACCAACAUGACUUUGGAAAGCGAAUUGUUCGCCAUCUCUAAGGAGUUGGACUCGUGGUACAGAGACAUUUCAGAAGAAAAAGCCGUUUACGAGGUUUUGAACAUGUUUGCAUACGACUCCAGUAGAAAGAUUCUUACUGCAGAAGGUUGGUGUCCUUCGGAUGAACUGACGGUCCUUCAAAACACACUACAGGACACCUGUGUUAGACUAGGUAUUGCGUCCCCAGCUAUUGUUAAUGUCGUUGAAACAACAAGAACUCCGCCUACCUUCCAUCGUACUAACAAGUUCACCCAAGCGUUCCAGGACAUUUGUGACUGUUACGGUAUUGCUGCCUAUCAGGAAGCCAAUCCAGGUUUGGCUACCAUCGUUACAUUCCCAUUCAUGUUCGCUAUCAUGUUUGGUGAUAUGGGUCAUGGUACCCUUAUGGCAAUGGCCGCUGCAGUGCUUGUCCUUAACGAAAAGAAGAUUGGUAACAUGAAGAGAGGUGAAAUCUUUGAUAUGGCUUUCAGUGGUAGAUACAUCGUGUUGUUCAUGGGUUUGUUUUCGAUUUACACCGGGUUUAUCUAUAACGAUAUGUUUUCCAAGUCGUUAACACUCUUCAAAUCUGGUUGGGAAUGGCCUGAGUCUUGGGAAGUUGGUGAGAGCAUUACAGCUCGUCAAGUAGGUGUUUAUGCGUUCGGUAUUGACUCCGCUUGGCACGGAACUGAAAACGCUUUGCUCUUCGCUAACUCUUUAAAGAUGAAAUUGUCCAUCAUUAUGGGUUUCAUUCAUAUGUUCUACUCAUACAUGUACUCCCUAGCCAACGAUUUCUACUUUAACGAUAUGGUUGACAUUUUCUGCAACUUUAUUCCUGGUUUGCUAUUCUUGUCCUCAAUCUUUGGUUACUUGGUCAUUUGCAUCAUUUACAAGUGGUCCAAGGACUGGGUUGGCGAUGGAAAGCCUGCUCCAGGGUUAUUGAACAUGUUAAUCAAUAUGUUCUUAUCCCCCGGUACCAUUGAAGAUGAACUUUACCCAGGUCAAGCUAAAGUACAAGUUUUCCUCUUGUUAUUGGCUUUGGUUUGUGUCCCAUGGUUGCUACUUGCUAAACCAUUGCACUUCAAAUAUAACCAAGAUAAGCAUGAACAUCAAAAACUUGCACUCUCAGAAGAUGCUGAAAUCGUUUCCAAUGAUCAACUCCAAGAAUAUAGUGGAAUUGAUGACGAAGAUGAUGAUGAUGAAGCAGGUCACGGUCACGGCGAAAACUUAGGAGAUGUUGUUAUCCAUCAAGUCAUUCACACAAUUGAAUGGUGUUUGAACUGUGUUUCCCAUACUGCGUCAUAUUUGCGUUUAUGGGCUUUAUCCUUGGCGCACGCACAAUUAUCCACUGUUUUAUGGACCAUGACUAUUCAAAUUGCAUUUAGUAUGACUGGUGUUACUGGUGUGGUAAUGACUGUUGUACUUUUCGCCAUGUGGUUUGUUUUGACUUGUUUGAUUUUAGUUGUGAUGGAAGGUACCUCUGCCAUGUUACACUCACUUCGUUUACAUUGGGUCGAAUCCAUGUCCAAGUUCUUCAAGGGUGAAGGUAUUCCGUACGAACCUUUCAAGUUUGUGUACGUUGAGUUGGAACCAGAAAGUUCUUCUUAA